ACAGAGAGACAGAGAGUACAGCUCCAAGCCCCCUGGCACAAUGAUCCUGAGGAGCUCAAUGUGGGGGAACUGAAGGAUCACUUACCACCGAGGGAUCCAUUCGGCUCAUCCUGGGGGGAGGGAGGAGACAACCCCGCAGCCCGUUUUUACCCCGUAGGAAGCGAUCCAUUCCAGGAGCCAGAAUUGGGGGGCUGAAGGUAGCCCACGAAAGCCAAAGGAUGGACACAUCCGGUCACUUCCAUGAUUCUGGGGUUGGGGACAUGGAAGAGCACCCCAGGUGCCAUUGCCCACUUACUGGGGAGGACCACCAGCAGCAUCCGCUGAGCCAGCUGCAGAGUCAGACUUACCAGCCCAGCCUGUUGCACUGCUCUCCAGCUGCUUGCAGGGCACCUCCUUCCAAAAACUCCAGCGCUCUCCGCCCUUCCUCCAGGCAGGGCAGUCAGCUCAAUUUAAAUGACCACUUGGUUGGACACUCUCCAAGUUCGGCGUCUACAAGUGGGGCAGGAUACAAGCACAGACAAGCCAGUCCUCUGGUCCACAGGAGAGACAGCAACCCCUUCACCGAAAUAGCCAUGAGCUCUUGUAGAUACACCAGCGGGGUCAUGAAACCCCUCAGCCGACUAAGUGCCUCCAGAAGGAACCUGAUUGAGUCCGAGCCUGAAAGCCAACCUCUUCAGCUCUUCAACUCCACCAUCCCCCCGGAGAUAGUGAUCUCUUCCAAGGACGAGCACCUCUCCAACCAGACCUUGCACCACCCCAAUCACCAACUCUCAGGCAGCAACAGCACCAAUAACCACCCCAAAGGCAACAAGAGAAAAAACCAGAACAUCGGAUACAAGUUGGGACGCCGGCGGGCGCUUUUCGAGAAGAGGAAACGGCUCAGUGACUACGCUCUCAUUUUUGGCAUGUUUGGAAUUGUGGUUAUGGUUAUUGAGACUGAACUCUCAUGGGGUUUAUACGAAAAGAAUUCCAUGUUUUCCUUGGCCUUGAAAUGCCUUAUAAGUUUAUCAUCAAUUAUCCUUUUGGGACUGAUCAUCGCAUAUCACGCACGGGAAGUGCAGCUUUUUGUCAUUGACAACGGUGCUGAUGAUUGGAGGAUAGCGAUGACCUAUGAGAGGAUCUUCUACAUCAGCUUGGAGCUGAUUGUCUGUGCCAUCCACCCUAUCCCUGGAGAAUACAAAUUCUUCUGGACUACUCGCUUGGCCUUCUCCCACACACCAUCCGAGGCAGAGGCUGACGUGGACAUUAUCCUCUCCAUCCCAAUGUUCCUGAGACUUUAUUUAAUUGCCAGAGUCAUGUUACUGCACAGCAAGCUCUUCACAGACGCCUCGUCCCGGAGCAUCGGGGCCCUAAACAAGAUCAACUUCAACACCCGCUUUGUAAUGAAGACUCUAAUGACCAUAUGUCCGGGGACUGUUCUAUUGGUCUUCAGCAUAUCUAUGUGGAUCAUUGCAGCUUGGACAAUCAGGGUUUGUGAGAGGUACCACGACCGACAAGAAAUGACCUGCAACUUCCUUGGCGCUAUGUGGCUGAUAUCCAUCACUUUCCUUUCCAUCGGGUACGGUGACUUAGUCCCAAACACCCACUGCGGGAAAGGAGUUUGCUUACUCACUGGCAUCAUGGGAGCCGGCUGUACAGCACUGGUUGUUGCUGUGGUGGCUAGGAAACUGGAGCUCACCAAAGCCGAGAAGCAUGUGCAUAACUUUAUGAUGGACACCCAACUGACAAAGCGGAUCAAGAAUGCUGCAGCAAACGUUCUGCGGGAAACCUGGCUCAUAUACAAGCACACUAAGCUAUUAAAGAAGAUCGACCAUGCCAAAGUCCGGAAGCACCAGAGAAAGUUCCUUCAAGCAAUACACCAGCUGCGCAGUGUGAAGAUGGAGCAGAGGAAGCUGAGUGACCAGGCCAAUACACUAGUGGACCUCUCCAAGAUGCAGAGUGUAAUGUAUGACCUUAUCACGGAGCUGAAUGAAAGGAGUGAAGAUCUGGAGAAGCAAACUGGGAGCCUGGAGACCAAGCUGGACCAGAUCGUCUCCACGUUUAACACUUUCCCUGUCCUUAUUGUGGACACUCUGCGACAGCAGCAACAGCACCUCCUAUCUGUUGUCUUAGAAUCGCGGGGACUCGGAGUUGCAGUGGGCACACCACAGACCCCUCUAUCUGACAGUCCAAUGGGGAUUAGUUCAGCUUCAUUUCCGACACCCCACACCAGCUCCAGCAGCUGCUAAGAGGGAAGACGUUGGGAGCUGGGAUAGUGGACAACCAAGCUGUGUGCUCUCACUGUGAAUAGGGGGCAGAUUUUACAGGGAGAUUUUUGGCCUCGUAACCAUCACGUAAUGUCAAUUAACUAAGCCUCUCUCUGAAAACCCAGUAGCCGAUGAGAGGCGUAAGGGUUACUAAAUGAGAAGUAAAAGUGAAAAGCCUAACCAUUCACUGAAAAGUUGCCUGCAAUGCUUUGCUGAGCAGAAACAAAAGGGGGCUCAUACAUCAAUAGUCCUGUUCUAACAUCCCCAGUUCUUCAUUCCUAUGGCCCCCACAAUUAUUGUCAUCUGACAGUUACUAUAGUUUUUUUUACUAUCAAGAAAAUCUAUACCAGAAAACAAUGCCAGUCACUUUUAUGCAUUAGCUACUUUUUCUGGUUUAUACAGUCUCUUUGAAGUUAUUAGACUGUGGCUGUUUGUAGAGAGUAUCAGUCCUGUAAGGGUUCUUAUCUACUAAUAAUGUUGCUUUUGUUCAUUCUCUUACUGCCACCACUAUCCUCGUCUAAACAUAUCAGGAUUGUGAUGUAAGAAAACAUGGGACCACUGUCUCUUGGACCCUAGUAUCCCAGGCUGGCUGGAAUUUAGUAGAGUGCUACCUGGAAGCAGAAAAAGUAGCUAUGCCUACAGUGAAGAUCCAAAUGUUCUUAAACAUAGUUUUCAAGUAUUUUUUUCUGGCUGAUAGUAUGCCUUAAAGUGCCAGUACAAUGAGAAUCCUUAGUUUCGGAAUUAAGGUGUUCCUAGUGGUGAGAGCAGGGAUGUACAGGUCCAAAAAAUGGGGUAAGUUAAAUAAUAUAUAGACAGGAUAUGUCCAAUCCAUGAGAACGAUUAACAGCAGUAAAAUCUACCCAAAUCGUGCCAGCUUUAAAGAAAUGUGUGCCUGCAAGCGAGCAGUGUUUGACUGUGCCUAGGCAAGUAUAAAGGAUGGCAGCUGCUGUAGAUGGAGAAAGUAGAAUAAUAGACUUUUACUAGAUCAGGUUUACAGGGCUUAGCCUUAGACCUCACAGCUCACACAUUUAGUUUAUGUGUUUUUGGUAAAAAUGAUGUGGACGGCUCCAGAUUUUUAAAUUCUCCUUUCUAGAACUCUAUGUGAAUGCUUAGAGACUACCAUGAAAUAGUUUGGAUUUAGAAAGAAGUAUUGUAUACAAAACUGAUAUAACACAUCUCACAAAGCUGGAACAAUUUAGGAACUAGGCAGAUUUAUAUAGCAGGUUGGGUGGGAUUGGGGGGGGGGAAUUGCCAGGGUGUAAACAAGACAAGGUUGCAGCAGGUUGGAGGUUGACAUCUCUGCUGUAGUUGGCCAUUCUCUGAGUCACUUCAUAACCUGAACUGGUGCCUUACAGGUGACUAUCAACAAUGGCUAGAAUAUGGAGUUGCAGGUGGCAAUGAAUGGUGGAGAAGGCAGAACAAGGGGAUAUAUGGGCACUGGUUCUGGUUAAGCAGAGCAACCUAUGAGGUAGUGAAAAAAAGAGCCACAAUAAAACCAUUCAAUGUAAGGUAUAUAUACUAUACCUUAUUGUGGCUUGUUUUGCCCCAUAAUAAAGUGGAUCUAAUUCACUAAUAGAGGUGUCAUCACCCACAGCCACCAAUCAGAUCUUUGCUUGCAUUUUCUAAAUUGUAGCAAAACUAAAUUGCUGUGAAUAGUGCACUGGUGCAGUUUAGGGCCUUUGGCAGUAAAUUAGCACCAGCUCGCUCGUUUCCAGGGGCCCUUUCAGAACUAGGAGAUACCACAGAGAGACCAUUACUGUGCAGCAAACCAGCCAAUGAAAUACCAUCUCCUGUUACCUUAAUAUUCAGAUGGACAGAGGUAUAGCGAGGGUUACAUUUUUCUCCUUCUGCGUUGCAGAAUCUGACAUUUCAACUCAAUCUCCAUAGGAUGAUGGGUUUACUGUGAACAAAAGUCUUAAGGUUAGUAAUAAUGAGGCAAAGGGGGAAACAGGCACUCCUGAUUCUACUACUUUAGUGAUAUACAGUCUAUAAGAUCAUGUUUGUGGUUGGCAACCAGUGUGUGAUAUGUAAGUAGCCUAGUAAAUGGAAUAUUUUAGGGGGGGGUGUCUCUCAGCAAAACUAAAGGAAUGGGGUAGGGAUGCAAAUUAGGGGCGGCGAGGAAAAUCGCAUGACUUUUUGUCACAAAACAAGGAAGUAAAAAAUGCUUUCCCCUUCCCACCGAAUACCAAACCAAAUCCUAAUUUGCAUAUGCAAAUUAGGAUUUGGUUUGAUAUUCGGCCGAAUCUUUUGUGAAGGAUUCAGAGGUUCAGCCGAAUCAAAAAUAGUGGAUUCGGAGCAUCACUAGAAUGGGGUGUGGUGUCACCCACAAUCUGAUCUAAUUCAGUGUACACAAACAGUGAUGGAGACUUAGUGAAGGAGCAGAUUAGUCUUUUGGAGGUGAGUGGGGUUUUUUGUUUUUUUUUUCAAAUAUCUAUAUCCGAGACAAUCACCCGUAGCUCUACUGAUCCCAAAGAUCGUAAUUAACAGGUAGCUACCCUUUUAUUUACACAUCUUUCCUGGAAUUGUCUGCUGACAUAAAAGGCAACCCUACUAAUGAAGUGACUUUCUGCUUGUGACACUGCAAGGGGGGGUCCAUUGAGCAACAAGGGAUUUUACAUAACUCCAUGCAGCAGUUAGGAUUAGUGAAAUGAUAGUGAUUGUUCUGCUACAAAACAGAAAGUUUCCUUUAUAAUGUUCAGUCUGCAGGUUAGGGGGCGCUGUGGCUGUUACGACUCAGCAGGGGUGCUUCUCUCAGACACCCCGAACCUUAUCAGCACAGAAGACUGUUCCUACCCAUUUAUUUACAUACAGAGUUCCUUAACCCUCCACCCCGAUGUGCCUGAUCUCUUCCAGACUUCUUGUAUCCGAAUAUAACGCAAAAUGAUUUCCACUAUCCGAAUAUAACGCAAAAUGAUUUCCAAUCAAGUUUUCUGCACCUUAUUAGAAGGUCCCCCUGGUGUGCGAGGGUUACUGAUCACGUGUCCAAAGAGCGUAUCAUUAAAUGCCAUGUUGCUAGAUAAGGAAGAGAGAAAAACAUCUGUUAUUGUGAAUGCUUCAAUAGAGAAUGAAAGAAUAAUAUAUAUAAAUAUAUAUAUAUAUAUAUAUAUAUAUUAUAUAUAUAUAUAUAUAUAUAUAUAUAUAUACAUAUAUGAUCUAUUUUCAGAAAAUAAAGCUACAAAUGGUUGUACAUGCCAUCAUACAUUGCCGGGUUCACAUGUAUUGCAAAAAAAAAAACAAAAAGAAGUAGAAGAAUAUAUAUUUUUUAGUGCCAAAGUGCAAACUAGGAUCUAAUGUUGUUGCACAUUUAGCCAUAAUUUAGCAAUCAAAAGAAGCUCUGACGGGGCCAAAUCAUGUAGAAUGUACUGUAGGUUUCUCUCCUGGAUGUUUGGUGUCUGUCACUCUGUAAUAGGGACCAAGUAGUGACAAAGGGGCAGUGUGAGGAUCUGACAGAUAGAAGUGACAGUCACCCAUUGAUACUGUCAGGCAAUACAAGAAGAGACAUGAUCAUUAGCCAAUAGAAAUCUUCUAACGCAUCCCAUGGGCUGAACAACCCAUCGGCAUGGUAUGAAAAAUGUCGGGACGAUCCACACACGAUUCAAUCCAAACGACUUUAUAUUUGCUUCUAUUGCCAGCUUUAAUCUAAAUGAUGUUUGACCAUUACAGGGUGGGCUCACUCCAUCACAAGCAAGAGAUGCCCCUUCCCUUUCUGACCAUGGGAAAGAGAGCAGCCAUGUUUCAGGAGGUACAGAGCAGGAGUUCGUACAUGCCAGAGUUGUGAAGCAGCAGCAGGCCAUGUGAGUGGCGGGAGACUCCACAUAGCGCCCCCCGUACCGAGACUGCCAAUCAUGAUAAUGCCUGUCUGUUGCCGCAGAAGAAUGUAGCAAGUUCCAAACUGUCUCGUUCCUGCGCCCCAACUAUCAGCCGGCAGAGACCCUUUCCAUCUCCUCUCAUUUCCCGAAAACAUGUUUUUUUUUAUAUUUUAUAAGAGAUAUCUUUAACGGAGUGAGCUAUUUUUUUAUCUUUCUAUAUAGACGGGAUGCUGGUGGGGCGACCUGACUCCCCCACUCGCACUCACACUUACCAGUGGGAAAUAACAUUAUAUCUAAAUAUAUAAUAAAUUUGCAAUGAAACUGUAA